AUGAAUUAAAAUUUUUUCGACAGUGCUAACCUAAAAUAAGUAUAGCUAUAUUAUCUACUCUAUUUAAGCAACUCUAUAAGGCAUUAUCAAAAUACAAUGGGCCGACCACCUCGACUCCGAGUAUACUGUCAGAAUAUUUGUCUUCUGCAAAAACAUAAACAUCAAAUAAUAAAUACAACUCUAAUAAAGUGAAACCUUUACUAAGUCCAUAAAAUAUUAAUAAGCCUAUUUAAAAUGAAUCCCUGAGAAUCAAGACUUCUACACUUCACUUCCCCCAGAAAUAACUGGCUUCACAUCACAUGAAAAGUCUAUCUUCCGAUAUCAAACAGUAACCACAACCUCCAAUAAGAAGGAGAGGCAGAUAAGAAAAAAUGAUAUUUUAAUCUGAUUCUUCGUAAGCUCCCUUCUUGAUCAUCUAAAAUAAAGUCAGAGAUACAAGAAGAUUGGAUACUUUAAGAAAGAGUACUUUGCCUUCAUUGCAAUUAGAAUCUCAAAGAAGUAUCUAAAACACGUCUCCUCGAAUUACAGAUAUUCCUUUGGUCCCUAUUUAAUAAGUAACAGAAAUUUAGGAUUCAAAAAGCCAACUUUUUCAAGAACCAGAAAAAAUAUGUUUUGAUUAAGGAAACGCUCCAAUUGAAAACCAAUUUGUAGAUGAAAACUAAAAAGCCUCUGAACUAUUCAAUUUGUUAAAGAGAAAGGUGAGCAUUACUGAGCCAAAUGACUUAAAUGGCCCACAAAUUCCUACUGAACAACAUGAAGAAAUCUUAAAGAGUGACAAAGAAGUCACCUGGGACGAAGACGAAUUACAAUCAUCAAAUGCUAUGAAAAAAAUGAGUGUAAAAAUGAAAUUCAAAAAUGUCGUCUCGUAAUAAGUGCAGAAUAUGUUUAAAAAUAGAGAAGUACUAUAUUUGUAUUAAGCUAGUUAAAAUCAUUAUUUACAGUCAUAAUUUCACCUGAAUUCAGUUCAAAACAUGAGGAGGAAAGACAAAAAAUCAGCGAUUAAUUUGAAUAAGGAAAUGUUAUUUUAGCAAAGAAUUUGUAACCAACCAAAGAUAACUUUAAGUCUAAACAAACUAUAAAAUGUAUUAAGGAAAAAUAUAAUUUAAAACAUAGCCAUAAAAUAAAUACUAUUGUUUAAAAUCAAUUACAAAAACUACAUACUACAAAUAAAGCAUUUUAACGAAAAAUUUAAAUGAUUAAGGCCACUUAAUGGACAACUAAGGAGUGUGAUUAACCAUAAUUAUAAUAGUUUUCUUUAUUGAACAAAUUUAAAAAACAAUCCGUAUUCUCAAAUCAAAUUGGAUUAGGCCCAGCAUUACAAAGUAAUUAAGAUAACAUUUUACCUAAUUUAAUGGAUGAUACCAAUAAAAUUACUAUCACAAUUACUAAUGCUUUGUCGUAGGAUACAAUUUUGGAAUUUAAUAAACCUAAAUUCCUUAUUCAUAUGGAUACAAUCAUAGAUGAAUAAGUAAUUCAACCAAUCUCACCUCCUAAAAAAGGCAUCUAGCAUUCUUCCUCCUUACACUCAUCCUUCAAAUUGUAAAAAGUAUAAAAUUCAGCCUCUUAAUCUGUUAUUAUCAAUAAAGAUCAUAUCUCAAAUCAUAAUGCAUAUAAUAGUAUUCAUAAUACAAAUGCUAUUGAUGAUAACAGCAAUUUAGAUUUUAAUUAAGAAUAUUCUAAAGUAAGAAUGAAAAAUAUUAUAAUUAGUCAAAUUUAUAUGUGAGACUAUAUUAUCAAAAUAGAUUGCAUAAAAUGCCUUAAAAGAUUUCUUAUACUUAACAUAAUUUAAAGGAGAUUGAAGAUGUGUUUUACUAAUAUGUCUCUAUGAUAACUGGUUCUUAAAUGUAAGUGUUAUUCUUUAGAAUUAGUUCUUUCUAAGCAAGUCAGCACUUCAUAAAAUAUUAUAAAUGCCUUGAAAUAUUUAAUUUGAUUUAAGAAGUGCAAAUAGUUCUUGAGAGAUAUGAUGUUCCCUAGAUAACAAGGAAGUUCUCUUUCGACUUCGAUAAUUCAAUUAGUCUAUUAUCUAGUUAAUCAGAUUAGAGUGCUUCCUUUGAUAAAAUUUUAGAAGAGCCAAAUCAAAGUAAAUGAUUUCAUAAAACCAGAUUAGGACUGUAAAUAGAUGACAGACAUGAGAGCAAAAUGUAAAACAUUAUUCAAUCAAUGAAAAAUCUGAGUGACGAAUCUUAAUCAUUAAUCUUCCUUGAGGAUGUCGUCAAGAAUCAAAAAUGUAAGUUAUCCAUCUUAAAUUUAGAAAUCUCAACUGGAUUGUUGAAUACUAUUAAGAAGGUGAAGAAUAAAUUCCACACUCCAAUCAAUGGAUAGGCUAUUCUGAGUAUUUUAGAAUAAAGCACUAAGAAUGAUCUAUUAACAUUUCAUAUGAUGGAAUAAUCUGAAGAGCAGAUUCAAAAACUGAUUCAUGGAGAUUAUGAUACUAAUGCAUUAAAGAAUUUAGACUAUUUCUAUAAGUAAUCAGCACUACGCAAGAUGAUCUACAAUGGCGUCGAAUUGAGAUAUGAAAAGAUACUCAUAGGUAGGUACUAGAGUUAGUAAAGAAUGAUUGAUGUAGAGCAUUCCGAUCUUGUUUAAUCAUCUAUUCUGGAAGCGCCAUAACAACACAUUUCUUCAUCCUAACAAUCUCAAUAAUCUCAAUAAUCUUAAGAACUCCUACUCCUUCAAAAGUAAAAAUUAAUCAGUCUAAAACAGUAAGGUCGAAGCAGAAAUUUAUAAAGGGAUAGUUUGACUGUCAUCAUUAAACCAAAACUCAAUUCCAGACAGACUGCAAAUUCACCAGAUAUCACAAAUGUCCAUAGCAAACCAACAUCACAAUAUACAAAUCAAUUAACUUAUAACAUUUUCACUCAAGCUUCAACUCAAUAUCUCACAAAGCCAACCAAUCAAUCGCAAUAAUCGGUCAAAGUCUCUAGUGUAUAAAAUUUAGAAGAAAAUCUGUCGCAUUUAGAAAUGAGUCCAUAAUCAUCCUUAAAAUCGAUUAAAUCUAAAUCAGCAGUAGAUUCUUCCAAUAUUAUAUCCUAAACAAAUCCUCCCAACAUUAGAAAAAGCUAAAAUAUUAAGGAUUUUGAUAAAAUUGCCAAAGACAAAAUUAGCCUACCUAAAGAAUAAAUCGAAAUAAAAGAAGAGAUAAUACCUUCAAAAAGAUAAAAGUCAUCCAAUGUUUCAUUGCUUUAAUAACCAAUUUUAGAAAAUAAAGUAUUCUAUCAAUCAAUUUAGACUUUGAGUAUGUUUUCCUAUUCUUUGCGUAUGAGAAACCAAGCUCUCGGUCACAGUAGGAGAUAAAACCUCGAUUAAUAUAAAAUAUUAGAAUAACUAAUUUAUGACAAUGAUGUCCAAGAGGUAAUCUUCAUAUUCAGAAAUAGUUUUUGGAACAUAUUCAAUAAGUGCCAUCAAUGUACCUAGACAAAAGAUUAGAGAAUAAUGACACGCUAUUGACUUUGGCUUCAAAAAGUGGGUGUAAAGACAUAGUAAAGGAACUGGUUAAGAAGGGAGCAGACAUUAACAUUUAAAAUGUAUUUUUUUACUUAAGCAGGAUGAUGGAAAUACAGCUGUCCAUUUAGCUCUUUCGUAUGGCCAUUAUAAAAUUGCAGACAUACUAAUUGGAGCAGGGGCCAACACUAAUAUUCUAAAUAAAAUUGGUAAAAAUGCUUGGAGUAUAUUAUGA